GUCUGCUCCAAACAAGAACUUGUUGCUUGUUUUCAUUGUACUCUCUCCCCGAGAACUUUUUCACGUUUGCUCGACCGGAUCCCACUUGACAAUAUACUAGCAAAAGAGCCGGUCGAAAAUACCAAUAUCACACAGCCAACAUCAUGUCAGGCUUCCAGAUCCCCGGCCUGGGGUUCGCGAAACCAAACGAGACGCUCCCACCGGUGCCCGCCGACGUUCUCGCUGCCGCCGCGAGCUUCGAGGGCGUCGAUCCCGAAAUCCUCGCUGCUGCCAACGGCACCGCGGAGCAAAUUCAAGACCAGAAUGAGGAUAUCAACAUGGGAGAGAACACGACCGAGUCGCAGCCUGCUCCUGCGCCUACAACAGAGCCCGUCGCAGCACCCAUCGCGGCGGCACCAGUUGCGGCACCAGAGGAGGCUACCGACCCCGAUGCCAUGAACGUCGACGAUGCCGCUGAGCCCCCUUCCCUGACAGACGCUCUCGAGGCCAUGAUCAGCGGUCUCGAUCAUACUCCCCUAGCCCAACCAGUCGAAGUCCCCCAAGAGGCGCCCGCAGCUCAGGAAGCACCUGCAUCUGCGCCGUCUGCACCUGCGACCGCACCUGUGCCGGCACCCGCAGCGCCAGAGAUGAUUGACGCCCCCCAAAUGCUCGACGCGCCCCAAAUGAUCGAUGCCCCGGCCUCCACCACAGACCAACCCGCCGCCGAAGGUGCCGAAGACGCCCACCCCGAAUGGGAAGCCGACUCCUCGCCCUACGAGUCCUCCUCCGACUCAAGCAGCGACUCCUCCUCCGACUCGGACGACGACUCCGACGCAGGCGGCUACCAGCUCCUCGGCGUGGAGGAAACAGCGCGCAUGCUCAUGGAGAUGGAAGGCGGCUCAGACGACGAAGGCGGCGACGGCGGCAAGAACGGCGGCGCGGGCGGCGCGGGCGCCUCGGGACACUUACGGACCAAGAACGAGGUCGCUGAUGUGUCGGUGCCCGCUAAGCCUGACGUCACGCUCACUGCCGACGACAAGAUUGAGGAGCUGGGUCUCGUGGAGCAGAUUGUUGAGAAUAUCAUGGUGGUGAGGGCGUUUACGCCCGGCGAGUACCAGGUUCUUGAUACGGGAUCUGUCCUCUGCACCGAGGACCGCAAGGUGUUUGGCGUGGUGUGGGAGACGAUUGGCAAGGUGCUGCAGCCGCUGUAUACCGUCAUGCUGGCCUCGGCCGAGGAGAUUACAGCCGCUGGGUUGUCUGUCGGUGCAAAGGUGUACUACCCGCCCGCCCACGCCAAAUUUGUGUUUACGCAGCCGUUGAAGAACCUCAAGGGAUCGGACGCGAGUAACAUUCACGACGAGGAGAUUGCAGAGGACGAGAUGGAGUUCUCGGAUGACGAAAAGGAGGCGGAGCAUAAGAGGCAGGUGAAGCAGAAGAAGAAGGAGGCGAGGUUCGGCAAGGACGGUGGUAGUGAACGCGGUGGACCCAGUGAGAAGAGGAGCAGAGGGAACCGCGAGCCGCAUCCGCUGCGCAACGAGGUCAGCGCCUACGCUGCCGCGCCGCCUUCUACGGACGGCGGACUCAACUACGAUGACGAGGACGAUGGUCCGUACAAGCCCCUCGCGCGACCGCCUGGAUUCGGCCAGGCCACGCCUGUGCAGCAGAGUUUCACCAUGGAGCCCGAGCCCGGCCGCUUCGGUGGACGUAGAGGUGGGCGCGGAGACUCUAGGGGACGCGGUGAUAGAGGCAGGGGAGGUGGUCGUGGCCGUGGACGCGGCGGGUACGGAGGCCGCGGGGAUCACAGAGAGGGAUACUCGGCACCUCAGAGACAUCACGCCGGCGGAGACCAGCAACAACAGCAGCAGCAGCCUCAGGGUGGACAAUGGGGCGGUGCCGGCGCGAACGGAUUCCAGGCUCCUCAGAACUACAACAAUAACCAGCAGCAGGGUGCGCCCGCGCCGACGGCGCCGACGUUCAACUUCCCUUUCCCCGGGAUGCCUGUGCCGCAGCCGGGACAGCAGGGCUUCUCUGCCGUUCCGCCCCCGCCGCCUGGUUGGCCGGCGCAGGGUGGUCAGCCAGGGCAGAACGCGCAGCAGGGUGCUUAUAUCAACCCGGCCUUUUUUGCGGCGUUGCUUGGGCAGAUGCAGCAGCAGGGCCAGCAGCAGGGCCAGCAGGGCCAGCAGCAGCAACAACAACAGGGAGGACAACAGCAGGGACAGCAGCCUCCUCAGCCUCCUCAACCUCCGCAUCAAUGGGGUGCUCAGCCGCCUCCGCGGUAGAUUGGCUUCCAUCGAGGUUGGAAGUAUGAUUCGGUUGUUGUGCUGCCGGCGGAGAGUUGAGAGUGCCGGGCUGGAUGAGCUUUAUCGAGCUGUACAGACCAUACGAGGUGGAAGGCAGCGUGGGGGUGGAUUGAGACCUCUGGGUCUCUGCACUUAGACCAGUGAAGCCAUAUUGGACAUGUGCCAACUACGAGCACGGAAACCCAAAGUACCUUUGCAAAUGAGGUCUCGAAGCAAGGGACGUGCAAAGGCUUCGAUCGCAUGGCUUGCUCUAGCUACCAUGUUUGGCACACUGGACCAAGACGCUACCAACUAGAGCUCAAAACGCAAACUGCGAGAGAGUGACUAGAAAAAAGCGCAAUUGGUGGUUAUUUGUAUCGCUUUGUAAUGAUGAGAACUGCGGGAACUCGCGACGCGACCAUACGCGAGGAGGAGAUAAGGAUUAGAUAAAAGUGAAAAAAAAGUUUCUAUUUUGACGUUAGA